GCGCUCUGUGGUCUGUGGCGCGCCACAGCACGGAAUCGAUAUCGCGCGCUUCGAUAGUACCGGAGUAUGGCCGAAGGCAGACUCUCAUGUCCGCUAAAGACGAAAUAACGUGCAACGGCAGCAACAGCGGACGCGACAGCAGUGCAACAGCAUUAGCCGCGGCGUUAUUAUGCCCGUGUCAAAGGUAUUUUAUUGUCUGCUCCUGUUGACGCUAUUAGACGCGACGUCGCAGAUCCGGCCGUCGCUGCACGGCCACAACAAUGCCUUUGUUCAGGAUGACAACGACGUUCAAUAUCUUUUGGAUAAUAUGCCAAUAUCUAUGCAUAAGGAAUUUGCUAAUACAGUACACGGGGCUGGGGAUGCUACAUCGGACGAAGAUAAAAUGGAAAAUUUAUUCUCUCACAUUUCUUUUGAGCCAAGUAUCUUGGACUUCAAAGAAAGACAACUUGGUAGUCCUCACCAAGAGACUGUGAUCAUGUUUAACAAGGAUCACAAUAAAACUGUACAUCUUUCAUCAAUAUCAGGAAACACACGUCAUUUCCAUUCAUCGUUUUUUCAAAACAAAGUUAUUCCACCACUGGGGAACACAACAUUUAAUGUUGUAUUUCUUGGUCGAGACGAAGGUGAUAUUGAUACACACCUUUUUAUACAUACUUCAGAUGGGACACUAAAGUAUCAGGUCAAAGGAAUAAGUGUCAGUAGUCCUUAUAGACUCAGACCUGUAGUUGAUAUCAAGUUACCAUUAAAUGCGUCUUUUACACCUCUUAUAUACAUGCACAAUCCACAUCCAGAAGCUUUACAAGUGAUGGAAGUAUAUAGUAGUGGCGGAGAUUUUCAAUUAGAAUUACCAUCAGGCGAGCCAGAAGGCACUCGUGAAUUGUGGGAAAUUUUACCUUAUCAAACGAAGCCUAUCAUCAGACUAACUUUUAAUGCUUACGCAGAAAAGAAUCAUACAGCAUAUAUUAGAUUUAAAGUGAAUAAUACUGCUGAGGUUCUCGUGGUAGCAGUUGAGGUAGAAGUCAAAAGUGGAGCUGGUCUUCAUUGGGGUGGAAGUUCUGGAAUAAUUAAUUUAGGUAUGGGCGGUUCGUUGCAGCCGCCUAUUCGUCAUCCUAUUGCUUUAAAAAAUUCAGCAAAGAAAGCAAUUAAAGUUGUGAAUAUUAUAAAUACACCUGUAUCAAAAGCAUUAAAACUGCAUUUUGAGCCAGCAAUAAUUCCAGGAGAGACAGAUAUACCAAUCGCCAUUGGAAUGCUGAUUUACGAUUGGAAAAUCGGUUUGGACUUGCAACAUUUUAAAGGCAAAUUGAUAAUAAAAGCAAUAGGUCCAGGUGGUUCUAGUCAGAAAUUAGCGAUUCCCUGGGUAGCCCAAGUGUUGCAGGGUGGAUUAGAAGUAAACACAUCGAUUACGCACUAUUGCUCUCCACAAUCCAAUCAGGCCCGGAACUUUAGCGUGGUGAAUAAAUUUAAAUUACCGUUAGCUAUUACGAAUGUCACGAUGUGUUCGAACGCGAAAUCGCUUUUUACGAUAAAAGAUUUUACUCCUAGAGUAAUAAAACCUGAACAAAAGGUCAAUAUAUUUUCUUUACAACUUGCCAAAGAAAGAAAGAGUGAUAAUGUGAAAAUGGAGUCGUCGAUAUUAAUACAUUCAAAUGUAUCGGUGACUGAAGUUCCAGUGUUGAGUUAUGACGGCAAACUAAGAAAAGUUAUGCCGGGCGAGAAGCAGGAUGACAUGGGAACAAUGAAUUUCGGUACUGUGGGAAGCGGUACCGAAAACGAGGCGAUUUUUGCGCUGGAGAAUCAGAAUCCCGUCAAUGUGGAACUACACAGCUGGGGUGUGAAUAUGCCUGGUGCGGUCUUGGAAUUGAUGGGUUGUCAAAACGGUCCUGCAGACUUGUUGGAUAAGGAAUUUCGAAAUAUAACUGUAUGCAGUCAUUCUGGAAAUCAAUAUAUAAAACCGGAGUUUCUGGCGAUCUUUAAGAUUAAAGUGAAGACUCCCAUGGUCGAAGAAGACACGAUUGUUGGCGACGUUUUUGUGCGAACGACCUACGAGCGAUUUACCUUGCCAGUGUAUAUGCGAGUUGCACAUGGCAAAAUUUCCUUGAAGAAGCUCAUUUUUACUGAUUGUUUCCCUGGAUCGAUCUGUAUGCAACAAGUGAAAGUGCACUCUACAUUCUCAAGACCAAUGGAAGUAACACACAUUGCACCCAUAAAUAAGGAUGAUAGGAUAAAGUAUAUCCCAUUGGAGGAAGCUACAAUGCCUGUCAUAUCCAAGGGCGAGAAUAAUGUCGGCUCGAUACAAAUCGACCCUUCAAUGACUUGCAAACAGCAAUGUUAUCUAGGUUUAUCACUGGACACUAACACGGGUAAUCAGUGGUUGAACACGAUGAGCCUUCCCUCGCAUACUCGCGACUCUGACUUGAACUUUCUGAACAUGCGACACGUUCGCUUUAUCAAUUCCACUGCGGAUGGUUCAUGGGAAAAUAUCACGAUGCGCUUGGAUACGACCGAAGUGCGCGGUCAUAAAUUUUACGUGAACAUCAAGCCGUACUGGCCAAGCUUAUUGGCCAGUUCCAAUAGCAUAAAAAACAAGAGUAUCCUAAUGUUUCCACUGACUCAGGUCGGAAACACGUCAUAUCGAGCAAUUAAGCUGUACAAUCCGAGUGCGAGUCUGUUGAUAGUUCAGCUGGUUAUGGAUUGGAGUUAUCCUCAAGGGGCACGUCUUUACCACUCCUUGCCAAUGAAAUUUAAGCCUGUGUGCGCGCAAUGUUCAUCCACGAUUCCAGAGGAAUUCAAACUAGAAGAGAGCGCGAACGAGCGAGAAUUGUUUGAAAAACAAUGGGGCAUAACAAUAGCGCCUCAAUCACUUUCUUUUUAUUUAAACCCUUUGGAAACGAGAACGGUUCGCGUAGCAUAUACACCCUUUUCCACUUCGACAUCGUCUGGUUUUUUAUAUAUUAGAAAUAAUAUGACUAUUUUAGAAGUUCUACGUUUGAGCGGUCGAGGCGCGAGCGCACAAUUUAGAUUUGGCCAUCGCAAACCGGGAUCAACUACGCCUUUAUUGUUUGAACUGACGGACAAGCAUCUUAAAGAUUGUGAACGUAUGUACGUUUCUUCAUCUUCGUUUUCUUAUACUCUAGGAAAAAGAGGAGAUCGCAGCAAACUUGUCACGACUCUUAGUGUAAAGCGAUCUUUUACGGCCAGAAAUACGGGGGAGCUGCCGAUCGAGAUUUACGGAUUUUACAUCAACGACUGGCACUGUGAAGGCUACGGUUUCAAAGUGCUCGAUUGCUCGCCUUUCAAGUUGAGUCCGAAUGCCACGAAAAGAAUCGAGAUAGCAUUCACACCGGACUUCACGCUGUCUCGCGUGGAACGGAAGUUGUUGGUGAUGACGAGCAUGGGACCGGACGCUGGUGAGAACGUCGAGAACGGCGUAGUAAUACUUAACUUGCUGGCGACUCUGCCGGCACACUCAUUGAACUUAUGCGCGUCGGUACUCGCCAGACCGCCGUGGGAAGGCGCAGUACAAAAGGCUGCCCUCAUCCUCUCAUCGGUGCUGAUGUUGUGCGUCGCUGUGGUUUCGUUUCUCGAAGCGGACCGAAUAUUACGGGAAGGUUUGGCUAAUUACUCAAAAGAGAAUCCGGUGCAACCGCCACUAGAUCUGAGACUGCUGUCGCACAACACGACGCAGGGAGGUGGUGGUAGUUGCAUCGGUAACAAAAACGAGAAAACUGUGACGAACGAUGAGAAAAGCAAGACAAUGAAGAAGGACGAGGCAUUUCCCGACUGGUCAUUGAUGAACGUGAAAAAGUGUAAGGAUAAGGAUGUGCAAAAAGGAUUGAAGAUCCCAGACUGGUCCGCCGAGGAAGAACGUAGAUUCAAAUUGGAUACCGAGUCCAAGGAUCUGCUAUCCUUCAAACGCUGCGAGGAAACAUCUAAUGUAGAUAAUAUUAACGCCGCAAAUGCAACAAACACGUGCAUGUCGAAGAAAAAGAAUAAUAAGAAACAGAAUAAUGCUCAAGAGGUUCAGUCAGACAAUUGCGUAACAAAUGACACGCUCACGGACGCUCAGUUGAUUCAAGAGAAGAAAUAUAUUGUCAAUGCGGUUACAAAAUCGAGUCCGACAUCGAACAGAAAAGGAAAAACAAUACAAUCAACACAGUCGAAUAUUAAAGAAGAAUCAAAGUUAAAUGAUCACGAAGUUCAAAUGGACGCGGUGAUAAUCAAUAACAAUCGAACUAAUAAGUCUGACAAGCGCAAUAAGCAGACGAGUAGCAAUGGAAACAACAGUAGUAACCACACUAAUCAUGUUUCACUGAAAAAGCUCGAACCGGCGAGCACUCAAAAAACCAUUCAACUUUCAGAAGAGGAAACUUCAUCCACUACAACAGAGAGUUCGACUCACGAUGAAACAUCGACAUCGUGUAAGAGUUUUGAUCAACCGUGCGGAAAGCAAGAGAAGCUACAAAGAAAGCCGAUAUCUAAGAAAAGCAAACCUCAGUCUAUUCCUCCUGUGCCAUGCAUAGAUUAUAAGGACAACUAUGAAGGUGACUGUGAUGACGAUGAGUACGACAAAGAAAAGCAGAAUAAUCCAAAUAGAUGGAAAACAAACACUACUAGGUCCAGCACAAAGCAUAUUCAUACCUCACGUACCGUCGAAUCAUCUUUUAAGUUAUCACGUCAAAAUAAGAAUACACCGCGAAAGGAGAAGACGAUGCAGAAGCGUCGCGUAGCUGACAAGAUACAUGUUAAAUCCCCUCCUGCAAACGGAAAUAUAAGUCAAAAAGAUGAUGUAACGCGCAUUAUUGGAACAAUGCCCACCAUAUUGCCACCUCCGCCCUCCUGUUGGGGCGAAAACAGAGCUAAGUUCAGUGAUGUAGUGGCGCGAAAUCCAGAGAUUGUCUCUCUGUUCUCUAAUUUAAAUCAUGUGAAUCACAAGAGUCAAACGAGUACAUCGAAUUUAUCCGCCACAUUUAAUGCUGAUGUCAAAGACGUUCAAUAUGUUAAGCCACAAUCGACGCAAGAGUCACAAACGCCAAAGGAAUAUAAUUUAAUGUCAAAUCCAGCCCCUCUUUGCAAUACGACCGUGAACAAGAACAAAUCCUUCGAUCAAGAGCCUUUGAUUUUGCAGUCCGAUUUGCAACAUUCGAACAGUUAUUUCAUUAAUACUUUCACAGAACAUCCACAGUUUGAAUGCGAGCUGGUGCCGUACGACGAUCUUCCAGAAACUGACGAACCUUUAGUAGAAUUGGAGAAUCCUGAAGAAGAUACGCGGUGCCAAUUAUGGGAAGACCCUAGUCCUAUGAUUUUAUUAUCGGAUAAUACAAACGGAUUUCAACUGGAGUCGCCAAAAACGUCGGAAAAACCUGUUUUGUCUGACUUAAAAGAUAAUUGGACGAUUGAUACCAAUUGGGAACCAUUACACACGAGAGCAGCGGUUGGAGAAGAACGUAGUGGCGCAUGGGGAAUUAAUACAGGAGGAGUAUGGGCUGCGGCACCUUGGGGUGCGGCCGCACCUCCUAUAUCACAAACAUUGCAGUCCGAGACGGACACACAAGAAAGAUCGGGAUUCGAUCCAUUCCGUUCGCUCAGCACAAUAUGGACGCCAUCAUCGACUGAAACGUGGAGGACGAAACGCGAGAAUUAAUGACUUGGAAUUUCGAAGUUUUUAUCUUGUGAUAUCUUACAUUUGUUUCGCGAUUUUUUGAUGAAAGAAAAUAACGACAGUCUUAACGACAGUGAAGCAAUUGCCGCGAUCACGAAAAUGGAUUUGGAAUUACGGAAAUUGUUAUGUUUUGUUGCUAUUGCGCUAUGCGUACUUUGUGAUAUAUAAUUGUUUACUAUUAUGUUGUAACGCAGGUGAAUAGUCUCUCAAACGAAUUAUUUUCAUACAGUCUAAACCAAAAUUUAGAUGUUACUUCUUAUUUUCUAUUAUUUCGUUAUUUAAAGCAACUAACGAGAUACUUUAUUUAUAAACAAGUAUAAACAAAUCCGGACAACACAAAUCCAAGAUUGAGAGGUAAGACUAGGCUGCGUUCGAAUAUCAUUCGAGUUCUGCCCUGUAUCAUUUUAUCCUUGUUUAAUAUUUGAUGAACAAGGAUGAAAUAAUAUAUGGAGACACGAAUGAUGUUUCUGAACAUAUCCCUGGUAUUAUGCCGUAUUUCAAAAUUAUGUCUACAUGGAUUAUUUACAUUUAUGUUUAUAUGAAUCUUACAUGUAGAUAAUAUAAGCGAAUGAACUAUAAAUUCAAUAACAAUACAGAAAAAAAUAAUUAAAUUUUAAGAUCUGUUGAUCUGACUUAAUACUGAUAAUAAAAAUAUCUAUAAAGAAUUUUCUCUUAAUAUCACGAUAAUCAUGAGACAACAUAAACACUGCAGAUUUUUACUUUAAAAUUUUAAUAAAAUUAUAAUACAAUUUUUUGAUGUCCAUGUUGUCCCAUAAUUUUAAAAGUAAAUUGUAAGAGGAAAUUCUCUAUAUAAAAAUAUUAAUGUGUAUAAUGUUAAAAAUUUUAAAAAUUACAGUGAGUAAAGAUGUAUCAAAACUUGAGCAGAAACAAAAUUUGAGCAGAGUAUAUAUAGAAAAAUAUUCUCUAAAAAAAGCGAUUACUCAAUUUUUAGUUUUCUUCUUUUCUUAAAAUACACUCGUCAUUUAGAUGAAACAAGCAGUGUUUAUUUAAAAUAAACUAUAUAUCCACAAAAAAUAUAUACUUGAAAUAAGUAAAUAUUACUUAUUUCAAAUAUUUUAUAAAUUCAUAUAUUUGCAAAUCUUUCAUAAACAUUGAAUUUGCUCAAAAUAUGUUCUGAAUCCUAGCAAUUAUGUAAUAUUUAUAUCAAAAAUAUCAAAUUAAAAUAAAAAUUCGAUUUGUUUAUUCUGAUUUUUUUUUCGAUACAAUUUUAUAUUUUCCGAAAAAAAUUCUCUUUUUUUUUUAAGUAUAUGAUAAUAAGUUUUUCUAAAAUUCUCAUGACGAAUAUAUUUUAAGUCAAUUAUCAAGAAAAUAUUCUUUGUUAAAAAUAAUAGUUAUUAAAAGAAAAGAAAAGUAAUUGACUAAUCACUUUUUUUGAAAGCAUUUUUCUACUAUUUUCUAUAUAAUGGCAGAAAAGUAAACAAUUUCAUACAGCCAGUAAUAGAUAUUUGAUAAUGUCAGCAACCGCUGCCAAAAAUAUGAUAAAGCUUGUUACAAGUUCGCGAGCAAAUUGACGGCAAAAAAACUUACAUCUCAAAGAUGUUUUACGUUCGGACUUUGUGUUGUCUGAGAAAGUACUUGCAGGAUAAUUGGUUUUUUUUUUUUUUUAAGGAUUGUCAUAUAGUGAACAUGAUCAAUUACAGUGAAAUAAUAUAUAUGGAAUUACAAAAUCAAUAUAAAAAAAGUGAAAAAAGAAAUACAGUUUCAUAUUAUAAUCGCAGCACGUAUUAAUUUAAAGAAACAACUAUAUGAUUAUACAUUGCUUAAUACGGAAAUUUAUAAUUUGCUCCUUGACACACAUACUAUACUCCUUCUCUUCUCUUACGAUGUUACCCGUGUAUGUAUAAUGCAAGGAAAAAGAAGAAAGAAAAAAGAGAGCUAUCAUAAUACAUAUUCGAAAGUUCUCAAUUUUGAUAUUAACCGUGAGUGAUAAUUAAGUUAUUUGAGAUGAGUGAGAACUGUGAUUUUUUAUAGUCUUGACUUGUAGAAAAUAUCUUCAAGUAAAUUUUCAAGAAAUGAUGAGAGUUUACAAGUUGCGUCGUAUUGACAAAAUACGAGGUUAAAGAAAUGUGUACCUAUUCUUCAAGACUGGUAAUCGUUGUGUUUUAAUAAAGAAGUCACAAAA